UGCAAAAGCGAUUUUAUCGUGGAAUGAAGUGUAAUGGAAAUGAGUUUAUAUUGCGCCGUGUGAAUGUCUGGUUCGCAAACCGCGUGUGAGCGCGUUUUCCGUGUUUCAUUCUAUUCCAAUGCUCAAUUCCAAUGGCAGGCUUCGGACAUGUAGCGAUAGUGGUUAGUUGCGGAGGAAAUCAUACAUUCGGUGUGCGGCGCAGAGAAGCAGCGUAGAGGGCAAUUGUAUCUAGGGUCGUGAUAACAUAGCAGCACAAUUUCGCGGGUAUUGUGUGUGGAAAGCAUAUGCAGGCAUUUGCUGGGCACGGUGGAAAGUUUGAAAGCAGGUUCUUGUUUUUCAUACAAAGGUGUUAUUUGAUAGUGCUCGUGUGUGUUGCGGUCGACACGCACUGGUUGAAGAUUGUUUCAAAAAUUCUAACUUGUGAUAACGGCGUCAUGCGGCCACGUAAGACAAUUUUGCUCGUUGGUGUACUGGUAAUCUGGGUGUUAAUGACUUAUCUCGCGUUUAUGCGCUCCGUCCGGGGAACGGAUGGUUCGCGACCCAGACCUGCGGUCGCCAACAAAGUGAUGCUGGAACAGGUGCAGUAUUUCGAGGAAAAUUUGAAAAGUUUUUCUGAGAACCGACAGAAUCUGUACCGCGAUAUCAUAAACAUUUUGCGGCAAGAGGUCAAAGUACCGAGCGUUCCAGCGCAGGCGAUUCCCAUCGUACCAUCCAAAGAAUCGCCGGGAUCAGCUAUUGCCGAAGGAGAAAAGGCGAAGGAAAGAAAUUCGGAGUUUGAAGAAGAAGCAAAAGGUGUCCUCGGUGUACCUGCUCCAUUGGCACCAAUACCAGAGGCGGAAGAUGAACGGCCAGAAGUGGAACGUGUUCUGAGCAAAUUUCAGCAACGCUAUCUCAACAAUGAUCCAGCAUUUCCGGUAAUCCCAGUAGUUGUGUUUGCGUGUAAUCGCAUCUCAGUUAACAAGUGUUUGGACGAUCUGAUACGCUAUCGACCAAGCGCAGAGCAGUUCCCUAUUAUUGUUUCGCAAGACUGCGAUGAUGAAGCAACUAGGAAUACAAUCCUAUCGUACCGAGACGAGGUGACGCUUAUUCAGCAACCAGAUCAGUCGGACAUUCCCGUACCACCGAAAGAGAAGAAGUACAAAGGUUAUUACAAGAUUUCGCGCCAUUACGGUUGGGCAUUGCGGGCAGUGUUUGGCCAAGGAUUUGAUUCGGUUAUACUGGUCGAAGACGAUCUCAGUGUGGCACCGGACUUUUACGAAUAUUUCCUGGGCACCUAUCCGAUUUUGAAGCGCGACAAAUCAUUAUGGUGUGUAUCGGCGUGGAACGACAAUGGCAAGGAAGGUUUAAUCGACAGCACGGCGCACGAUCUCUUAUACCGGUCCGAUUUCUUCCCUGGGUUGGGUUGGAUGAUGACGAAGGAUCUGUGGGACGAGUUGGAACCGAAAUGGCCCAAAGCAUUUUGGGAUGAUUGGAUAAGGCAGCCGGAACAACGUAAGGAACGGGCCUGUAUACGCCCCGAACUGCCACGAACGAGAACGUUCGGCAAGAUAGGUGUAUCCAAUGGCCUCUUUUUCGACAAACAUCUCAAGUAUAUCAAGCUAAGCGAAGAAUUCGUCAGCUUUACCAAAAGCAAUCUAUCCUACCUAGUAAAGUCUGCAUAUGAUGACGCGUUCCUAAAAACCGUCUACCAAAGUAAGGUGGUACCAUUGGAUGAACUGAAGCGUGGCAUAGUAAUGACCCGAGAACCGAUUCGCAUAGCGUACCACACCAAAGAACAAUACAAACGGGCCACCAAGAACCUCGGUCUAAUGGACGAUUUUAAGAGCGGUGUACCUCGAACGGCUUACCGGGGUAUAGUUUCGUUCUUCUACAACGGACAGCGUGUUUACCUGGCGCCCAGUGCAAAUUGGAAGAGUUAUGAUCUCACCUGGAGUUAACAGAGCGCUCCACUGCCCAACCUGAUCUAGCGGCGCAGCAUUGUUAUCGUUUUGUUGCGAAAAUUUUUUCGAGGUGUAUUCACUUCCAUGAAGAACUGACUUUUCUUACACACUCGCGGGGCCAGUGAAUCACAUCAAUUGGUGGCAUUUGUUUUUGUUUUAGCGUAGACGUUGGAGGUACAAUUUUUUUUUUUGAAGAUUUCAAAGUUCACCUGCACAGAUGCAUUGCAAAAUUUUAAUCGACGUUAAGUGGUGUUUGUUUAACGAUUCUAACUACGCAGAUUCAAUUGGCAUCACAAUUGGUUCCCUGUUAUGGCAAUCAUUUUAGUUGUACUUGUAGCGAAAUAAAAAAAAAACACAUGUGAAUCAUUCCUAACCUUUAAGUACUUGCAGAUAACAUAGUUUUGUGUUGCAAAAUGUUUAUACUCUAAUUAAAAAUCAGCUCAAUCCCGUAUCAUUGUUAAAUGUGCAGGAAAACGAAUGUGCAGAGAUGGAAAUAAUCAAUCACAGUUAAGUUGCUUGAGUUAAGAUAAUCAAUACCUAUUGUUUCAAUGAAACGAGCUUGCAAUAGCCUACAACAGAAAUCAAGAAAAAAAUAAUUAUUUUCAAGAACAUUUGAUAUCAAUAGUAACAGGUUUGGUUUCAUAACUGAAAUUUCUACUUCUUUCUAUAAAACAAAACACUAUCAACAACAGUUCCUCGCUACUACUUCCACUUACGUUCCUUUUCAGUGCAAAACCUUGCAUACAAAUAGUUUUUUGUUAUUUUUCGUUACGCUUUGCAUUCGCUAAACAUGAAUUUGUGAUGCAGUCUAGGACAACCAAUAGAUUUUAAGAAGGUGCAUACAAAGUAAACAUACUGCAUAUGCGCUGCAGCAGCUAGUCAAAAGAGUGUUUGUGUUGUGUAUAUGUGAUUAUAUCGGGAACAACGGCCCACCCAAUGGUCACCAUGGUGCAGCUCAAACAAAGAUCCGUAGAGCUAAGUAAGGUCGAACACAAAAUUUGCGCCAUAAAGCGUGUGAUUCAGUCACACAAAUGAAACAAAACCCGGAAAGCAAUACAUUUCGGCUCCCUCUUUUAGGAAAUGUGCGUAAUGGUUUAAGCGAAAUCAUGAAUUAAUGCGAGAACAUAGCAUACAUGACGUAAAUAUGAUAAUAGGACAACAAAACUUUAGUCACUGGUGAAUGUUUGCUAGAGGAGUUAAAGAGUAAAGCAUGAAGGAUUAUUAAAAUACUAUAAAAAGCAUAACAAUCUCGACGUUCGAAAACACUACUAACGUCACCCACUGCAAUCUACGAGUUUUGCGUGGUCUCUGUGAAUAAGUAAACCUAUUUGAAGUAGCAUUUUUAAAUAUUAGUAAAUAAAACACCGAAACUGUACGUGUCAAAUAGCACUCGAUUCGAGUAAACAUUAAAUCAGUAAUUUGCUUCAAUGAUGGCAACAAUCAUUAGCAAAGGGACAAGAAGUAGAAAGA